AUGAAAGCUGUAUUAUUAUCUGCUCGUUUUAUAGACUGGUUGAAGCCAUUGCAAUUUAUCACUUCUACAUAUCCUAUCAUUGGUAAGCGUACAUUUACUGUUGUAUGUAACAGUCCACAAUCAACAGUACAUGCUGACUUGCGAAAUGUAUAUGGACGUCUUGAUAAGUCAUCAUGCAGUGAGGGCAGAUCAUUAUAUUCAUCGGAAGCAUCAAAUGAUUCGAAUAAUGUUCCAGUUGUGAAAGCUUUUACACAUAUCCCCGAUAAUUCCAACGAUCCAAUUAUGGCAGUUUAUUGGGAUGAUAGCAGCAAAUGUAAUCGAUUCAGGGAGCAUUCAGGAGGAUCGAUAACGAAGGCUGAAAUUGAAGCCGUGUGCUUAGCAUUGAAACAAGCAAUUUUUCAAAUGAAUUUGCCACGUAUCCGCAUUGUUACGAAUUCGAAAUUUGUUUCGAAGCAUUUUGGUAAAAUGUCAUUAUGGUGGAGUUUGGAUGAAUUUCUACAACAAAAAUCGGUGACAUUUAGUUUCUGCCUCGCUGAAGCCGAAGAUCUAUACCGAUUACUGCACAUGAUCGAUGCGACGAUCGAGUACAGUUCUUCCAUUGAGAUGACAGCUAAAAGGUUUUUCGAAAAUGUAAUGAAUAAAACAGUAAGCAAAGGAGAAUAUGAUAUAAUUCCAGAAAAAAAGCUCACUUCAGAAACUUCAUCUAAAGCAGCUUUAGCGAAAUUGCAGAAGAAACGCAUGGGUGUAUUUGUACCAGGAACAUCGUUUGUAAUGAAUUCAAAAAAUAAUGCGUCCAAAAAUGCGUUGAAUGAUAAUAUUCCCGUUGUGUAUACUUGUGGAGUUAUACAUAUCGAAGGAAAUGAAAAAAAGUACAUCAAAGCAGGUUAUGGUGUUUAUUGGCCGCAUGCAUUGGAGCUGAGUACUGGAAAGCGUUAUAAUUUUUAUCCAGUAACUUUGAUUCGAUGUCAAUUGCAAGCUAUAAUUGAUGCUCUUCAACAGGCUGUGGAUCAAAAUUACCAUAAUAUUAUUCUUCGUACUGACUGUGUCUCUUUUUUGGUUCACCAUUCACGUCAGUGGUUGAAAGCUAAUGGUUCGUAUGUGAAGUAUCAUGAUCAGUACCUAAGAAUCAUGGAUUUAUGUAAAGAUGUUAAAGUAAGAUUUCAACCAGCAAAUGAUCAGGUUGCUUUAAGUCAAGCGGAAGCAUUGGCUGAAAAUGGUAUUUGCUUGCCAAUACCAUCCAGAAGAUCCCAAAGAAAAAUGUACGAUAGCAAAACUUCAUCUACUGCGGAUGUAAAAUGUUCAUUGUAG